UCACUCUCUAAUCCAAGCUUUCCAAAAAUGGCGAAUUCACCGGAUACAGUGCAUCCCAUCAAGGCCUACGGUUAUGGUGCCACCGAUACUUCUGGAACCUUCUCACCUCUCACCUUCUCCAGAAGGGUUACGGGAGAUAAAGACGUGAGAUUCAAAGUUCUGUACUGUGGAAUCUGCCAUUCGGAUCUUCAUUUCGCCAAGAACGAAUGGGGUGUAACAACUUAUCCCGUUGUUCCAGGGCACGAGAUUGUGGGUGUCGUCACAGAAGUAGGCAGCAAAGUAGAGAAAUUCAAAGUUGGGGACACAGUCGGGGUUGGAUGCUUGGUCGGAUCGUGCAGAUCAUGUCAAAGCUGUUCUAACGAUCUCGAACAAUACUGUCCUAAGAUGAUCUUGACCUAUAGUGUCCCCUACUUCGAUGGCACAAUCACAUACGGUGGCUACUCUGAUCACAUGGUAUCCGAUGAGCAUUUUGUGCUGCGUUGGCCACAGAAUUUGCCACUUGAUUCUGGUGCACCUUUGCUAUGUGCUGGGAUCACAACUUACAGCCCACUUAGACACUAUGGGCUCGAUAAGCCAGGGACCAAGUUGGGUGUGGUUGGUCUUGGUGGGCUCGGUCAUGUUGCUGUCAAAAUGGCCAAGGCUUUUGGAGCAGAAGUUACGGUUUUCAGUACCACCCCAGCCAAAAAGCAAGAAGCACUUGAAGGACUUAAAGCUGACCAUUUCAUAGUUACCAAAGAUUUGGAGCAAAUGCAGGCUGCAACGGGAACUCUCGAUGGAAUCAUAGAUACAGUGUCUGCGAGUCAUGCAAUCGCGGCGUUUUUAAACGUUCUCAAAACGGAUGGAAAACUUGUGCUUGUUGGUGUACCGGAGAAACCCCAUGAGCUACCAGCAUUUCCUUUGAUCAUGGGGAGGAAGAUUGUUGGUGGUAGUAACAUUGGAGGACUGAAAGAAACUCAAGAAAUGCUAGAUUUCUCUGCGAAGCAUGGGAUAACCGCGGAUGUAGAGGUUGUCCCAAUAGACUACGUGAACACGGCCAUGGACCGUCUCUUGAAAUCCGAUGUUAGAUAUCGGUUCGUUAUCGAUGUUGCAAAUUCACUCAAGGCUCCACUUAACGAACAUUAGAUGCAAAGUCUGAGGUUGAUGGAGUUUUGGACAAAAGUUGCUCAUCGUAUUUUACUUCUCUUAAGGUUAUUGUUACUUUGGUCAAUAAUAUUAAUGCCUUUUUUCAAAA